AUGGCUUCCCUUGGCGCAGAGCAUAAACUGGAGUGUAAGAGCAUGGUGCUUACGCUUCACACCCUCUUCGACAUUCCACGCGACCUCGUCUCUCUCGACCCACGACGCGAAAGCGUCGAGCUCGUGCUGAAGCCAACGGCGAAGUACUACUUGGAGAACAAGCGGUUCUGCAAGCUGGACCUGCCGGAGCAGCAUGUCGCCUUUUCGCCCUCCUCUAUCAUCUUCAAACGAGACCGCUUUGUUCUGGACUUCGAGUCAGUGCCGCCGCAAUGCGGCCUCUCCUUCACGCGAUCGGCGUCACCGCACCGCGCGACGUCCUUCGCGAACAGCAUGCCAAGCAACUUCGUGGACUCGCUUACCGCGCACGGCACGUUGACCGCGCCAGGGGUGGCGAGCAGCACUGGUAAGAUGCCUCUUCACUUUGAGAGUGACGCACGUGCUGGCGGUGCUGUUCCUUCCAACCCCCGCUUCGCGUUCGGUGAGAACGUCGACGAGGACCACGAUGUUAACCUCAAGAGUCCCAGUAGCCUCAAGCUAAAGACCUCGACCACCUUUUCUAGCGCUACGCCGCCGAACCAGAUCGUCUUUCGCUACCCCACGCGCUCAGAUCUGAAAGUCAUCAUCGAGGUGAUGGUCGGCGCACGACAGCGCCGUCAUGACUCCGCCGCCGUGCGCUGGAUCACGCCAUCGUGGGCGGACCGAUCCAUCUCGGGCACAGUCAGCACCUUCGCCGCAGCCGACGGGGAAGUGAUGCGGCACAAGCUUGUCAACCGCUUUGUUGGGCUGACUGUGGGGCACCUUUCCUGCACGAUGGAGCUGCCACACGCCGCCGACGAUCUGCGUGAGGUACUGGAAUUUUCCCCAACGGCAAUUGCAGAUGCGGCGGAGCGGCUAUGCAACGACUAUGAGCGUCUGCGUCGCUUUCACACAGCAGACGCCGCGGAGCAGCUGAAUGCUCUCCAAAACGAGCGUUCCAUGCGGCUUCGCGACUUUGUAGAGCAACUCUCAACAGGCGCGAGCGAGUCCUCCGUGUAUCGCAGCCUGCUGCUGGAGGUGUGCCCCAGCUUCUUUGUGCGCCGCAUUCGCCGAAUUUGCGCCAUGUAUCCACCCAUCCCGCAAAGCAGCUCCUGGGUGCGCACAGAUCCCGAGACGCUGGCCGCCGAGUACUGUGGACGCGAGAUGUCGCUCAUUCGCAGCCUCUGCGCCGAGCUUGGCCCCGACUUGAGCGCCAUCUCGCCGCGCAACCGCUUCCUCUCCUACACAAACGUGCAACCCCUUGGCGACGAGCUGUGGAAGUGGAUAAAGGACAACUACGCCAACCAGGAGAACGAUAUCCUCGACUACGAGCCUGACGUGUUCAUGGAGUCGCUCGCGCUGCAUUAUGGCACGUCGGAACCUGCGCCCAUUCAGUACGGUUUUUCGCCCAUCUCGUAUGAGCUGGACAGGCGCGCGUACUUCUGCGACUCCCUGCGAUUCCCGGUGAACCGCGAGCACCACCGCUAUCGAGACGAAGCGAUGGCGGCGAGGCAGAAUCGCGUGCCGCUGCAGCUGACGCCCUGCGAGCGUCCGUUGCACCCCAUCCGGCCAACGUCGCGUAAUAUUGGUGAAAUCGACAUUCUCCUAGAGAAGUACAAGCCAGAGUUUGUGCAGCUCGUGCCCUCCAUCGCAGACGCCAUGGAAUGCGUAACGCAGCAGAACGAACGCCUGCUGCGAGAAUUAUUGCGUGAAUCCCAACCGACCGGCGGCUCAGUCGCUGGGAACGUCUGUACGCGUGAGCGAAUGCGCUCACUUCCCUAUGAGGUAUGCCCGCAUGGGUUUCAUCUCUUCCAGUCUGAGCGACCCAGUGGGUCGUACGUGGCGCUACUGACGCGCUUUGCCGAGUACACGUACAUCUCCGUCAGUACCCUUUUAUCAGCCGUCAUCUACCUAGACCGACUGUGUCUCCGGCAUCCACGGCUGUUGCUCACGACUCGAAACAUCGAAAAGCUGCUUGUCGCCGCCGUGCGCAUUGCCAGCAAGGUUGUCGACCUCCGCAGCGUCAACAACAAGAAUUUUGCGUCUGUCUUUAGCGUACCGGUGCAAGACAUGAACGAACUGGAGUCGGAGUUUCUCAAGCUCAUGAGCUUUGACGUAUUUCUUUCACCGAAGGAAUUCAACAACUACGCUCACCUGGUGCAGCUCCCGGCAGCCUACAUGCAGAUGCCGCCGAGCGUGCGCCUGUCGAACACAGCGAACGCGAAUGGCAUUGGAGGGAGCAUCGCACCACCGUCGUCGGCGGUGCACGAGCAGGCAGACCCGGUAGCGGAUGUGGGCCACAGCGGAAACGGCACGGCAUCGAGAGUGGGGAGCAAGACCACUAAUACGAACAACAGGGUAUCGCUGAACACGCCCGCCGUCACCACACCUGCUUUGCCUCGGGCACCGUCCCCGCAGCCACAACACCAAAGGUACGCCACUCGCGGCAGUAGCAGCGCAAUGGCACCUGACAGUGCCUACGGCAACGACGCUUAUGCAGCCGCCCAGCGAGCGCUGCCACCCGACAAACCAUCAUCCAAAGCGGACGACUCGGCUGUGACUGGAGUUGAGGCUGGAGGGAACUAUACCAAUGGUAGCGGCGGCGCUGCUGGACACCGCUAUGGUCGCAGCGGACUGGGUGGUGGAAGUGGUGGUCGAGGAACCAUGUCCGCUAACCGCUACGGGAGUGGAAGUAGUGCCGGUGGUGCUAGCGGCGGGGGCAGUGGGGGUACGAACGGAAACAAGGCACCGUCGCCGGAGUUCGAAAGCGGGAUGCGGGUGCUGAGCAUUCCCUAA